GCGACCCCCCCCCCCCCCAGGUCCCUUGCGGGUAGCGAGUGGGAGACCCGAGCGGAGCCUGGGGGCCCGGCUGGGAGCCGCAGGAAGUCCUCUCACAGCUGCCGAGGGGUGCGUGCCGACGGGGCGGCCUGGGCGCAGGUGCCGGGCAUCGGGACCUGCCCAGGACCCUUCCUUUCCUAGCUGUCUCCUCAUCGGAAAAAAGGGCCAGGUGUAUAGCAGUGGCAGCAUCCAUGGCAGGUCCCCUGUGGCGGGCCGCGGCGUUUGUGCAGAGACAUAGGACAGGCCUAUUGGUGGGUUCCUGUGCAGGCCUGUUUGGGGCCCAGAUCUUGUACCACCUCUUCCCAGAUCCUGUGGUUCGAUGGCUAUACCAGUACUGGCCUCAGGGCCAGCCAGCCCUGCUCUCCCCAAAGCUUCAGAGACUCUUCCAAGAGGUGCUACAGGACGUUGGCGUCCCGUCAGGCCAUUGCUACAAGGCCUUCACCACUUUCACCUUCCAGCCGGUGAGUGCUGGCUUCCCAAGACUCCCUGCUGGGGCCGUGGUGGGCAUCCCCGCCAGCUUCCUGGGUGACACAUUGACCAACACUGACCGCCCUGUGAUUGUACAUGGGCAAAGAGUGGACUGGAAAAGCCCAGAAGGUACCCGGCUGAGAGAUGCCCUGACCCUGUCCCAUGAUGCCCAGAAGUUUGCCUUGGCCAGGGAGGUGGUGUACCUGGAGAGCGGUACAGCUGCCCUGCAGGCCCUGCCGGCCCCAGCUUGCCUGGCAGGAACUUGGACACUGAGCAUGAGUGCCAAGCAUGCCCUGGGGCUCUAUGGAGGCCCCAUGAACCUAAGAGUUGCCUUCAACCUGGUGGCAGCAGUGGUAGGUUUUGUGGUUUACGCCUUCUCCACAGACUCUCUCACUCAUGCCCUGGAAGCCUGGCUGGACCGCCGCACAGCUUCCAUGUCUGCAGCCUAUGCCCAGGGUGGAGCGGAGUUCUAUGAGAAGGUUCUGUCUGGCAACCUGGCCCUGCGCAGUCUCUUGGGUCCACCCGGAAAGAAGCUGUAUACGCCCAGUGGGAACAUCAUUCCCAGACAUUGGUUCCGCAUCAAACAUUUACCCUACACGACCCGCCGGGAUUCCAUGCUGCAGAUGUGGAGGGCGACACGCAACCCAGGCCACUCCUGAAGGGAUCAUCUCACGGACAGUUCCAGCUCGUGCAGGCACAACCCUGCCAUUGACCCUGGGGGCUCUCUGCACCCACAGCCCAAUGUUACUGGAGUUAAACAGCCUGGAUUCUACCUCAACCCACCUCUUCUGAUCUAAGCGACCUUGGGCACAUCCCUUUAUGAAUCUGAGCCUUGGUUUACUCCACUGUAAAUUGGGGAUGAUGUACACUUCUGGCAGGAUUGUGGGUCCUCUGGCCAAAGGGGUGUGGCAUAAAUAAACGGGAUGUCCCUC